AUGGCAGAUGGGAUGGAAAGCAGCGCGGGGGAGGGAGACCCGGAGGAAGAGACGGCCGAGGAAGGCGGGGACUCCGCUGCCCCGUCUCCGGCCUUGAGGGAAUCGCCUGAGAAACGUUUGCCCCUGGCCUGCCAGCAAGACUGCCUCGAGGCGAGGGCUGCCAUCCUGAGUCCAGGAGGCUUCCCUCCAGGCGCGGCUUCUAUGAUCUCCCUCCGGGGGCUGCGGGGCCAGGGGUUCGGCUGGGGGGCAAAGCAUCGGCCUGGCCCCAAAGAGGGAGCCCCGCGGGCGGAACGCCUUUCCCUCCACGGGGCCCGUCUCCAGGGAGCAAAGGGGGACCCUUCCCCGCGCAAGACCCGCGCCCCGCAGCCGGAACUCCUGCCCGAACCAAACCCCGCCCCCCGCCCCCCGCCCCUUGAGCGGCGCGCCGGAGGGGAGGAGCCACGAGCGGCAGCGGGGCGGGCGGUAGCAGCAGCGGCGGGCGGCGGCGGCGGCGGCGGGGGAAGCGGCACGGGAGGGGGGGUCGCGGAGCCCGACCCCAGCCCAGCGGCGCCCGCGGCCCUCCCGCCCCCGCCGCCCCCCGCCGCCUCCGCCGGGGACUCGGGCGCCAAGGGCAGCCCGGGCGUGGCGGGGGCGGCCGGGGGGGCGGCCGGCCUCGCCGCCGCCUCCCUGGCGCAGCCUGUCGAGGGGCCGCCGCCGCCGCUGCCCAACGGAGUCUUUGCGCCGCCCGCGGGCGCCGCCAAUGGGGACGCCAAGCCCGCCGCCGCCGCCGCCCCUCCGCCCGGCUCGGCUUCGUCCGGCGCGCCGCUCGUGGACUUCCUGCUGCAGCUGGAGGACUACACGCCCACGAUCCCGGACGCCGUGACCGGAUACUACCUGAACCGCGCCGGCUUCGAGGCGUCGGACCCGCGCAUCAUCCGGCUGGUCUCUUUGGCGGCCCAGAAGUUCAUCUCGGACGUGGCCAACGACGCCCUGCAGCACUGCAAGAUGAAGGGCACGGCCUCCUGCAGCUCCCGCAACAAGAGCAAGGACAAGAAGCACACGCUGACCAUGGAGGAUCUGGCCCCUGCGCUGGCCGAGUAUGGCAUCAACGUCAAGAAACCCCAUUAUUUCACCUGAAAGCCCCUCCCUCUCCCCCAUUCUUUAUUAAAGUCUCUCUGGUCCCCA